AUGACGUCUGGACUAAACGAUGGAACUCUUGAGAAAUAUUUCAGAGCUAAUGUGGAACGUAAAAUCUAUGUCAAACCACCAGACCCAGAAGACUUCGAACUCACUCCAGCAACACGAUUAUUGGAAACGCGUCGUCAAAUGAUGGAGGUUGAAGCCGGAUUGGUUCAACAAAAACAGGAACACGCUACCAAAAUGGCUGCUCUAUUGGUUCACAAGGAGGAAUUGAGGAGGAGAGAGGCUCAAUUGAAGGAAUCAUUAGUUAAAUUUGAAAAGUUCAUCAAGGAAUCCGAUCAAAAACGAAUACGAGCACUGAAAAAAUCACUUGAUGAGAGAGGUACUCGACAUGCGAAAGAGGUUGAAAUAUCUCAAUUGAAGGAAUCGGUUGCAACGUUAACUACCAAGAGAGGUCGUCAAGCUAAAGCUGUGGAGACAAAUGUGACAUAUCAACGAUAUCUUGAAAGUGUUCAAGAAGCCUUUCCCGAAUUUGGAGAAGUCAGAGACAUUAUUGUUCGUUUCGACACACUUAUGGCCACAAAUACGGAAUUAGCUGAACGUGCUCAUGCAGCUCAAGAAGAUUCUGAAAAGGAGCGUGCUGCUUUUGCUAAAUCUUGCGAGACAAGAAACAAUACAAUGCUAAGUUGCAACAACGAAAUCGCCAAACUACAAGCAAGAUUCGAAGAUGCUCAGAGAAAGACUGCAAGGUGGCAAGCUGAACUAGAUCAUGCAAUGAGAGGAGCAACUGAGAAAUCUCUUGUGUUGGGUCAAGUGAAAUUGGCAACAUCAAACCUUUUCAAUCUCGUCAGACAGCACCUCAAUGGCCGAUUAAAUGGAACAUCCGACACUCUAAUCCAAAUGGAUCGAAUUGGACAGUUCAUACUCGACUUGUCACAAAUAACACAGGAUGCUCAGUCGCUCGUACUCUCUGCUUCGGUUGGAGGUGCUGCUUCUGCUUCUGUGCUGCCUGUUACUGCUUCCAAGGAAAAGAGCUGA